AUGGUCCAGACGCGCUCUGGAGAGGUCUCGACGGCCAGCGACUCGAGGCCAGUCCACAAGCCAGCAGCAGAGAAAGGCUCAAAGAACCAGGUCAAAGCCAAGACCGUCAAUGAGAAUGCUCAAAAAAAUGAACCAAUUGAAGCCAGAGAUGACCCGGCUAAACGUAAACGAGAUGAAAAUGAAGCUCAACCACCAGACGAAGUCGAAGGCCAGCCGCUGUCUCAUAACGAGCAGCCACCUCCCAAAAAGGCAACUAGGGAAGAGGAGGCAGAAGAUGAACCAACUCCCAAAGCUGAACAGUUGGAAGAAACCACUGUACACAAAAUCAUCAAGACCAUAGACGAGUAUGGCAGCCUUCCUCUAGCAGGAAUGGCGGUAAAAGAGCCCCUGAAGCCCACUCCGGAGACUCUCCUUGCAAUGGUCAUUCAUUCGAUGCUUAGAUCGACACGGAUCUCUCAUUUGCUAGCAGAAAAGGCUUCUGUUCGAGUGAUUAAUGCCGGUUAUCACGAUAUUAAUAUUCUGUCCGAAGCUUCCUGGGAUGACAAGGUCAAGGUACUUUCCGAAGGGGGAUAUAACCGCUAUCGUGAAGCCACAGCAACGAAGCUGGGCGACCUAGCCGAUUUAGUAAAUGGAAAAUACGACGGCGAUCUCAACAACUUACUCCAAAAAGCCGAGCACAAGCCCGAGCAUGUGCGCCAACUAAUUCGAGAAAUCAAAGGAUUUGGCGACGUGGCAACUGAUCUGUUCUGCGAUGACGCGCAGGCUGUGUGGCCCAUUCUCGCACCGACUAUUGAUCAUCGCAGCCUCGAUACUGCUGAUGAUGUUGGAAUCGGUCGGGAUAUCGACAGUCUUUACACGCUUUUGGGGCGCGACCCUGUGCAGAUGAGCAAAUUGGCAAGGGGGUUGUCCAACGUGAGGCUCUCAAAGAGAACGGAGGAGAUUGAGCAGGAAGAGUAA